CAUGUCGUCUAUCUCAUCUCAGCUCGAAGGAGAUUAUGCUUACAAUCGAGACGAAUUAGCAGCAGCAGCAGCAGCAGCAUUACCCCGACCAAUAAAGUGCGGGGUGGUGUGGGGGAGGAAAACGGUGCACUAUAGUAGUGUUAAUUGAUGGACGUACCCGGUCGACUCAUUUGAUGGGAGUUUGCCGACGACGACGGAAGACGACAGUGCAUUUUUACCCCUCUGGGAAGAGGACAUAGUAGAUAUCAUUACAAAACACACACACACACACAUGUAUCUAUAUCUUUGUUGUGCUGCUCUUUUUCCUUCUCUGUAUUGUUUCUUUUUGGCGAGCACCGUUCUUCAUAUACAUAUGUUUCCAUUGAAAACAUCUUCUUCCGUCAUCAUCAUCAUCGUCGUCAUCUGUUUGUUUGUUGUUUGUUUGUAGAGCAGAUGCGAUUACAGUGUAUAAUAG